CUCACUCAGUUUAGAGUUAAGUUUGACGAGCGUGUAGGGUUCAGUAGAUUACGAUGGAUUCAGUUGACGACAUUGAAGAUUUGAUAAACUUUGAAGAUUUGUUAUCGAAGAAAUAUGCUUUCAGAAAGUGUAUAACUGUCAGGUCAAAGCGUAAAACAUUACCGGCAAAUGACAACGAAACAGCUAUUCCAAAUAAAAACAUAUUGGAAAAUGUCGUUCCGGAGACGCAGAAAAUUUUUUUGAAGACGUGGGGUUGUGCUCACAACAAUUCUGAUAGUGAAUACAUGGCUGGACAACUUGCAUCUUAUGGAUAUAACAUCACAAAAAACAAAGACGAAGCCGACCUAUGGGUACUUAAUAGCUGCACUGUAAAAAAUCCUUCAGAAGACACAUUUCGCAACGAAAUACAAGCAGCUCACUUGAUUGGCAAACACGUGGUUUUGGCCGGAUGCGUUCCGCAAGCAGCACCGAAAACUGGAUACAUGCAAGGGCUCAGUGUAGUAGGUGUACAUCAGAUAGACCGAGUAACAGAAGUAGUAGAAGAAACACUCAAAGGUCACACCAUACGUUUGCUCCAAGCCAAAAAAGUCGAUGGCAAGAAAGUUGCUGGGCCUAGCUUAGCUAUUCCAAAAAUAAGAAAAAACCCUCUCAUAGAAAUCAUACCGAUUAACACAGGUUGUCUUAAUGCAUGCACUUAUUGUAAAACUAAAUUUGCUCGAGCCAACUUAGUGAGCUAUAAAGUAGAGGAAAUAGUAGAACGAGCAGAAAAUGUCUUAAAAAAAGAAGGAGUAUGUGAAAUAUGGCUUACUUCGGAAGACACAGAACGUCUAGGACUUGGCGUUUUUGGUUCCGUUCCUUCAUGAUCGCCUUUGCGAAACCUCUUUGCAGCCACAUCAUCUGGAAACCCAAGGAAAUCCUCCUCCGAGACCAGCCUACGCUUACAGUGACUUCUGCAUGGAACCGCCACGUUUGGAGAAUUCUUAGAGUCUUUCUGGACCCUCAAUUGCGAGCGAUGCGCCUUUGUCGUUACGCUUCCAAUACAUAUCUGAAAUAUUAUAGGAGAACACUGUUUUACAAACUUUGCUUUUAUCCAUCUAGAAUCAUUUUUAUUGUUAUUAUUUUUAUACCAAAUGGUAUCUCCUAAAUUCA